GGCGGUGGCCGCCAGCGGCUGAGACCCGGGCUCCUGCGCCAUGGCACCCCCGCAGCGCUGUUCCCUGUGCCGCCAGACUUUCUUCUGCGGUCGCGGACACGUCUACAGUCGCAAACACCGACGGCAGCUGCAGGGGGCCUUUGAGCGGCUAUUGCCGCAGGUGGAGGCCGCCCGCAAGGCCAUCCGGGCCGCGCAGGUGGAGCGUUACGUGCCGGAGCAUGAGCGCCGCUGCUGGUGCCUGUGCUGCGGCUGUGAAGUGCGGAAACACCUGAGCCACGGGAACCUGACGGUGCUGCACGCGGGACUGCUGGAGCACCUGGCCAGUCCAGAACACAGGAAAGCAACCAACAAAUUCUGGUGGGAGAACAAGGCUGAGGUCCAGAUGAAGGAGAAGUUUCUGGUCUCUGCUCAGGAGUAUGCGCGAUUUAAGAAAUCCAUGGUGAAAGGCUUGGAUUCUUAUGAAGAAAAAGAAGAUGAGGUGAUCAAAGAGAUGGCAGCUCACAUCCGGGAAGUGGAGCAGAGCCGGCAGGAGGUGGUUCGAUCUGUCUUAGAGCCUCAGACAGCACCAGACCCAGAAGAGGGCUCUUCGGCACCUAAGAGUUGGCAAGGAGCACACAGCCAAGUGGCCUCCAGCUCACAGCAGCCCUCAUAUUUGGACCUGCCACUGCAACCAGCUCCAGAGCUUGACUGGAUGGAGACCCAGCAACCUCUGACGUUCAUUGGCCAUCAGGAAAUGCCCGGAGUUGGUAACGUCCACUCAGGUGCUACACCUCCCUGGAUGGUCCAAGAUGAAGACUACAGCUCUGGGAACAAACAAAUUGGGCCUUCCUAUGAAGAAUUCCUUAAAGAAAAGGAAAAGCAGAAAUUGAAGAAACUCCCACCUGACAGAGUUGGGGCCAAUUUUGACCACAACUCUAGCACUGGUGCAGGCUGGCUGCCAUCCUUCGGCAGGGUCUGGAAUAAUGGAAGACGUUGGCAGUCCAGGCAUCAAUUCAAAACUGAAGCAGCUGCAAAGAAGAAACAGCUACCACAUAAAGAAAAAACCUAAUCA